CCUAUAUCUCAAGCAUGCGCGCGAUGGCCGACGAUCUGGUAAAGAGCAUCUACCAUGGCGAGCCCCUCCUUUCCCAAGCCAAGGUUUCCCCAGGGAUCAACCGUUCUCGUCACGGGCGCCACGGGCUUCGUCGGGUCCAAUGUCGCCACCGAGCUCCUCCUGGCCGGGUUCAAGGUGCGCGCCGUGACGCGUAACGCCGGACGCGCGCAGUCCCUCAAGCAACAACUCGAGUCGCAGUACGGCUCCGGCACGUUUGAGAUCGUCGAGGUGGCCGAGCCCUCGGCUCCCGGUGCACUCGAUGCAGCGGUCCAAGGCGUCUCGGGCAUCGUGCACACGGCCACGGAUGCUUCCAUGUCGACGGACCCCGAUGCAGUCAUCGAAGCCGUCGUGAGCUUCAACAAUGGUCUCUUGGAAGCGGCAGCCAAGAACGAAAGUGUCAAGUCAGUGGUCCUGACCUCAUCCAGUGUGGCCGCUUUCAGCAAAACGGGCCAGCAGCCGAUUAUUGCAGGCGAGCAAACGUACCAAGACGACAUCGUCAAGCUCGUCUACAGCUUGAAAGACGACGAUCCCUUCAAGGCGCCUGCGGUGUACAUGGCGAGCAAGGUCAAGGGUGAGCAGGCCGCCUGGGCCUUUGCCAAGGACAAGGUCUUUGCUUUCAACACUGUCCUCCCCGACUGGGUGACUGGCGUGCCGACCAAUCCGGACAAGACACCGCUCUAUACGACCUACGGCUGGCUUCGCGAAUUUGCGCAGGGCACCUAUGGUCCCCACACGGCCCUCUACCAGUUCCUCAACCCGCCGGGCUUCUACAAUGAUGUGCGUGAUGUGGCCCGUGCCCAUGUCGCUGCCCUCGUGGCCGACGAGAUCAAGGACCAGCGUAUAUAUGCCAUGACGGAGCUCUGGUCCAUCGAGGAGCUUGCCCGCGCGAUCCAAAAGGCCAAGCCCCACCUGCCACUCCCCGACUACCAGGAUUCUAAGCCCAAGACCGACAUCCGUGUCCCCAAUCAGGCCUUUAAGGAUCUGCUCAAGCGCUACUAUGGCAAGCCCCCCACCUCGCUCGAUGAGACGGUGGCCGCUACCAUUUCUGAUCUGUAAUUUAUCGUCUCUGAAAUUUAGUAGCUGGAC